GUCUGCACUGGGAGGAAGCUGAAAGCCUUCAAGUCCUGUCUGCAGUGUCUGAUCUCUUACUGUGAGAAUCACCUCCAGUCUCACUUUGAAUCAACCAAAUUAAAGAAACACAAGCUGGUGGAGCCCUCGGAGAAGCUCCAGGAGAACAUCUGCUCUCGUCAUGAUGAGGUGAUGAAGAUAUUCUGCCGUACUGAUAAGAAGUAUAUCUGUUAUCUGUGUGCUAUGGAGGAUCAUAAAGGCCACGACACAGUCCCAGCUGCAGCAGAAAGGACUGAGAGGCAGAGAGAGCUCGAGGUGAGUCGACUAAACAUCCAGCAGAGAAUCCAGCACAGAGAGAAAGAUGUGAAGCUGCUUCAACAGGAGGUGGAGGCCGUCAGUCUCUCUGCUGAUAAAGCAGUGGAGGACAGUGAGAAUAUCUUCACUCAGCUGAUCCGUCUCCUCCAGAAAAGAAGCUCUGAUGUUGAGCAGAAGAUCAGAUCCCAGCAGGAAACUGAAGUGAGUCGAGUCAAAGAGCUUCAGGAGAAGCUGCAGCAGGACAUCACUGAGCUGAAGAGGAAAGAUGCUGAACUGAAGCAGCUCUCACACACAGAGGAUCACAACCAGUUUCUACACAACUACCCCUCAGUGUCACAACUCAGUGAACCUACAGACUCAUCCAGCAUCAAUAUCCGUCCUCUGAGAUACUUUGAGGAUGUGACAGCAGCUGUGUCAGAGCUCAGAGAUAAACUACAGGACAUCCUGAGGGAGGAAUGGACAAACAUCUCACUGACAGGGACUGAAGUGGACGUUUUACUAUCAGAACCAGAACCCAAGACCAGAGCUGAGUUCUUAAAAUAUUCACGUGAAAUCACUCUGGAUCCAAACACAGUAAACACAAAGCUGUUAUUAUCUGAAGGGAACAGAAAAGUAGAAUGGACGAAACAACAACAGUCUUAUUCUAGUCACACAGACAGAUUCACUGUUAUUCAGGUCCUGAGUAGAGAGAGUCUGACUGGGCGUUGUUACUGGGAGGUGGAGUGGAGAGGAGGAGGAGUUGAUGUAGCAGUCGCAUACAAGAAUAUCAGGAGAACAAGAAGUGAAUCUGGAUUUGGACAUAAUGACAAAUCUUGGUCUUUACGUUGUUUCAAUAACGGUUACAAAUUUAGGUUCAACAACAUUGAAACUCUCGUCUCAGGUCCUUAUUCCUCCAGAGUCGGAGUGUACCUGGAUCACAGCGCAGGUAUUCUGUCCUUCUACAGAGUCUCUGACACCAUGACUCUCCUCCACAGAGUCCAGACCACAUUCACUCAGCCUCUCUAUGCUGGACUUUAUGUUUAUGAAUCCACAGCUGAGUUGUGUUAA